AUGGAUCCAAACAUUUAUGCCUUGGUAUUGGAUACACUGAACCGGGCUACGAGUCAGGACACUGAAGUUUUGAAACCGGCUGAAAAGAAAUUACAAGAAUGGGAGACGGAACCUGGAUUCUAUUCAGUUCUUCUGAAUGUUCUCUCAAAUCACUCAAUCAAUGUAAAUGUUCGCUGGUUGGCGGUAAUGUGCUUCAAAAAUGGAGUCGAGCGCUAUUGGCGCAGGAACGCGCCCAAUGCCAUAACAGAUGACGAGAAACAAAAGCUGAGGCAGGGACUACUCACUACAACCGUCUUGAGUGAACCAGUUGCCCAGAUUGCAACCCAACAGGCUGUGCUGAUUGCUAAGAUAGCAAGGUUUGACUGUCCGACCAAUUGGCCGAAUCUGGUGCCAGAGUUGAUUGGAGCGUUAAAAGCGCCACAGCCACUAGUUCAGCACAGGUCCUUGCUGAUAUUCCAUCACGUGGUUAAAGCACUGGCUUCGAAAAGAUUGAUUGGCGAUAGAAGAACUUUUCUGGAGUUAACAAAUUCGGUAUACGCUUUCAUAUUGCAACUGUGGCAUGAGAACACGGAGUUGUUCCUACGACACAUACAAGAGGGCGCUGCGACGGAACAAAUCACCGAGCAUUUGGAGAAAGCGUUACUCUGCUUGAGGAUCCUGAGGAAACUCACUGUAUUUGGUUUUAAGAACGCACAUGACAGUCAGGACGCGAUCGCUUUCCUCAACGUCGUCUUCGAUAGAGCCAAGACUAGUUUAGAGUGUCGUAAACUGCUAAAAGGGCGCGGUAUCUACCCACUAGAGCUAUGCGAAAAGUUCAUUAUACAUCUGACGAAAGUAGCAUUGGGGGUUUUGUCUUUCCAACCGUUCUCCUACGUGCCCCUCAUACGACCUUCACUUGAGUUCGCUCUCUUCUACUGUUUCACCGAGCAAGGCAUGUCUCUCAUAUACGAAAGGUUCACAAUACAGUGCUUGAACAUUGUGAAGGCAAUACUUCAAUGCGUCGAGUACAAACUACCCAAAGAAAUGGAACAGGUUAAGGAGCCGCUGACACUACAGGCACACCAAGUGAAGUCUGAAGUGCUAGACCAGAACACGGUGUGCCACAUGUGCCGACACCUCGUCACUCACUACUUCCUGCUCAGUGCUGACGACCUGGCGCUCUGGGAUGCUGAGCCAGAGAGCUUCGCUACCGAUGAGGCCGGGGAGUCUUGGAAGUAUAGUCUAAGGCCGUGCACAGAAGCUGUGUUCAUGGAGCUGUUCCAUCUGUACCGGGACAUCCUGGCCCCGGAACUAGUGCGGCUGCUUGCUUCCUUGCAACAGACUCAAAUAGCGCCGGACGACUUGCCCGCCAUAUUGAAAAAGGACGCAGUAUACAAUGCAGUCGGCUUGGCAGCCUUCGACUUGUAUGAUGAUGUGGAUUUUGACGAAUGGUUCACAAAUGUCCUGAGUCAGGAGCUUAAAAUUAAAGACAACAAUUAUAGGAUAAUCAGGAGGCGAGUCUGUCAAUUGAUUGGCCAAUGGAGUGGCGUGCGCGCAUCAAAGUCGCUGCGGCCGGCGAUGUACGGCGCGCUGAUCGAGCCGCUGACGCGCGCGGACGAGGACGCCGCGGUGAAGCUGGCCGCGGCCGAGGCGCUGCGCAGUACGAUCGAUGACUUCAACUUCGACGUGGACCAGUUCGCGCCGUUCGCACCGCACGCACUCGCCGCGCUUUAUGAUCUCCUGGUUGAGUCGGAGGAGUGCGACACGAAGAUGCACGUGCUGCACGUGGUGUCGUACGUGACGGAGCGGUGCGGCGCGCGCGUGGCGCGGGGUGGUGGCGCGGGCCCGCUGUUCGCGUACCUGCCGCAGCUGUGGCACCACGCCGCUCACCACCACAUGCUGCGCGCCGCCGCGCUCGCCGCAGUCGUGCACCUCGUCAAGGCACUGGGCGAAUGCGCACCAAAUAUGCGGCCGUGGAUUCUAAAUGUGGUGAACGAAUCAACUAGGCUCAGCGAACCGGCGCACGUGUAUCUUCUAGAAGACGCCCUGGAGCUGUGGCUUGCUAUCUUAGAAACAUCGCAAUCAGCGGACCCGGCGACAUUGCAAUUGGCUGACAAUCUAUACCCUAUUUUAGAACAAUCAACAGAGCACCUUAGGAUAGUUGUGUAUAUAAUGCAAGCAUACACGCUUCUAUGUCCUGAAGAGUAUUUCUUAGGAGCCGGAGCAAAGUGCAUGGCCUUACUAGAUGACAUGCUCAGUGACAUGAGGACAGAAGGCAUUAUAACAGUUCUCAAGAUGGCAGAGAUAUGCAUUAGUGUGACGUUUCCAGAGAGGAAUGCUUUCUUAGGCGUUAAGGUUAUUUGGCCGAUACUAAUUAGGGUAAUCAGGUGUCUGUUAGAAGGAGAUGACCUACCAAUGGUAUUAUCAGUCCAGUUAUGCCUUCUGUCGCGGGUCAUACUUCUCUCUUCUGACUUAUUCUAUAAGGCGAUAGAAGAAGCCGCACAUGGUCUCGUCGAAUAUGACUCUGACCCUGUCAAAGUUCUCAAUAGGGUUUUGCAUGUUUGGACUGAGAAGAUGAACCUAGUGACUCAAGUUGAAAGGUGGAAAGUUGUUGGAUUAGGUUUAGCCGCACUAUUGACGACACAGAACGCGACAGUAUUACAGCGAUUUCCUGCGAUUCUGCUGAAUCUAACGGAAGUUUUAAAUGAUAUUAUGAAAACCGAAGAGAAUGGGACAUACGUUGAUGGACUGGUAGCGCCGCCUGGAUCGCGGCCGGCGUCUCCGCUGGAAGGUCUUGGCGGCGCCGCGCGCUGGGGCGGCGGGGCAACUGGCGACUCGCCGCACGAGCGUCGUCGUCGCCGUCUCUCCGCACUCAAUCCCGCCCACGUGGUGGACCUACGUCUUGUCACGCAUCACCAGUUAGAAACCUUAAAGAAUCAAGUUGGAGCGGAAACGUUCGAGCGCCUCCUGCAAUCCACGGAACGCGACACUUUGCAACAAAUUAGAGAAUAUAUACCGCUUUGA